AUGUACGCAGAAGCCCCACAGCAACCCAAGCCUUGGGCAUGGACGCCUUUGAUCGAGAGCAGACCGCUCUCAGAAGCAGCAGGAUGUAGAGUCUUCCUGAAACUCGACAACCUACAGCCAUCCGGCUCGUUCAAGUCCCGUGGUGUAGGCAACUACGUUCUCCAGCGUGCCGCCGAACGCAUCUCCACAUCUGGAGUUCCCAACUCGACACACUUCUAUGCAGCUUCUGGUGGAAACGCAGGCAUUGCCUGCGUUCACGCUGCCAGGACACUCGGCUACCCUGCCACUGUCGUUGUUCCCAAGAGUGCUAAGCCAGUCAUGAUUGCAAAGAUCUGGGCCAUGGGGGUCAAGCAGGUCAUUCAACACGGUUCUACGAUUGCGGAAGCACAGGAGUACAUUAUCAACACUCUUCUGCCUGCAGACCCUACCGGAGUAUUCGUUCCUCCCUUCGACCACCAGGACAUCUGGGAUGGCAACGCAACUGUCAUGCAAGAAAUUGCAUCACAACUCGGAGACAAGCCUGACGUUGUUGUCUGUAGUGUCGGCGGCGGAGGCCUCCUCAACGGUAUCAUGCAGGAACUGGACCACAAGAAGUGGAACAACGAUGUGCAGGUCCUCGCUAUGGAGACCAAGGGAGCAGACUCGUUGAGCCAGAGUCUCAUUGCAGGUCAAAUCGUCACUCUCCCAAGAAUCACAUCACAGGCCACCAGUCUUGGAGUUGUCAGAGUCGCAAAGAAGACUUUUGAAUAUGCUCAGAGGCCUAACGUCACGAGUGUCGUGCUCACUGACGAAGAGGCUGCCAAGGGCUGUUGCUUGUUGGCCGAACACGAAAGGAUGAUGGUCGAGUUGACUGUCGGCGUCAAUGUACCAGUCUGCUUCGACGGCUUCCUGCAGAGCUUGUUGGCUAACAAGAAGACGAUUACCAAGGACAGCAAGGUGGUCCUGGUGGUUUGUGGUGGAAACGACAUCUCACUCGACAUGCUCAUGGCCUGGCGUAUGGCUAUGGUCGGCAGUGAGACUGUCCAGGAGAACACCACAUCGAUGACCGCAAGAGUCGGAGCCACUGGAGUUACAGCUUGA